UAAAGUAAAUAAGUAUUGAUAAGUUAGUAAGUAUUGAUAAGUAAGUAAGUAUAGUGGCUAAAAUCAGAAGUCAGUUUUAAUCACAAUAUACUUAAAGGUUUACAAGUAGUAUAAUUAUGUAACUUUAACAAUAUAAGAAAGUAAAAUAUGUACGUUUCUCCAAAAUAAGUAAUUUUUUCAACUAUCUCUGUAUCUACUUUAAUUUUUUUGUUACCUCGAUAAUGCUACCUAAUUAGUUGACAAAAUAUAAAAACAAUGUGUAAACUAUUAUCAAUUAAAAACACUUUUUUUAAUCUUCCUCAGGUCUCAUUUAUCUAUUUUAAGAUAAUUAUUUAUAAAAAAGAUAAAAAUCGCGAAACCAAUAAUGCCCUCACAAUAAGUUCUGUACCAAAACUGUUAAUAAUAAUUCUUCUAAACAUUAUACAUAUUUUCUUUAUUUUUCAAUUUUCAAUUUAAGUUUUUUUUCUUUAUCAUAAUUAUACAGCUCUAGACACUAAUUUGAUACCUGCUUAUUUUUUUAAUGGAAUUUAAGUACUUAGUUUCACAGUUUGUUUUACUCUUUUGCUUUCCUACACUUACUUUCACGCAAUUUUUGUUUAUUGUUCCGUAUGCAAAAUUUCGUCCUGGAUGAUCUUCAGCCGGCGUCUCAGCACUCCCACUGCUCCCACUCCCAUAUAUAAGAAUUCCUUUGUGAUCUCGACGACCCCUCCAGGAAACCUCUUUCUGUUUCUUCGCCUCGGAUUACCAUAAGGCCGUGGAUGACCCCGUUUUCGGCACCUAACGGCUUCUCCCAAACAAGGCCAACGAAGGUACCUACCUUGCCGAGUGGGUACCUGCAGGACCCUUCACGCUAAAAAUAUCUUGGGUUCGUCGACCCUGAUGGUAAAAAGUAAUGUGGGUCGCGCGAUUUUAUUAUUUUUGCUCAUUUCCGCAUGGGCAACCUUGUAUCUCUUUGGUUUCGCCAAUCCAUCUGUUCCAGUUGUUGGUACCUCGACGGGUUCGAUGGAUCUGCCAGUACCGUAUUUUGGUGAUAAAUUUUAUCGCGGAUUUAAUUAAUCAUCACCUGUGGCCCCACUAGGCGCACUUCUCUAGUUCUUCAUCCCGAAUCAAAAAGUCCCCUCUCUCGUGAUCUCGUUCACCGUUACCAUAUUCGACUUCUCCAGAUCGGACUAUGAGGUGUUGUAGUGCGUGAGGGAUGGACGCGAUCAUCCUCAAAACCAAGAACUUCAUCAAACAGCACCAGAAGGUUAAGAGGAGGAAAAAGGAUGACGACAACAGAAGGGACAAACACAGGAGGUGGAGGAACAUGGACGACAUGGAACAAUACCUCCACUACAUCGGCGGCGGCGCGGGGGCAUUGGCCCUCACCGGCGUAGCCGCGGCCUCGGCCUUCUACCUAGCCAGCAGACCGUCCUCCCAAAAACCAUUGUUUCCACUAGACGAACAAUGCCUCCUCGAAGCGGGCCCGGAGCUGAUCCGGGUGUCCCGCUUCUAUAAAGAAGCCAAGGAGGGCAAAUUCGUCAGUUAUAUGUUUCCGGAUGCUAAGACUCUCUACGACACUUUCCGGAGAGGAGCGAAAGAAUCAAAUAAUGGUCCUUGUUUGGGAUGGCGGGAGUCGUACGUGAAGCCGUACCAAUGGCUGAACUACAAUGAAGCUCUUCUCAGGGCUAGAAAUUUCGGAGCUGGGAUGGUGGCUCAGGGGUUGUCUCCGGGCACUAGUACCAUCAUCGGAAUUUAUUCGCAGAAUUGUCCCGAAUGGAUUAUUACGGAACAAGCUGCAUAUUGUUACAGUAUGGUGUUGGUGCCCCUGUAUGACACUCUCGGUCCUGAUGCAUGUGCCUUUAUUAUUAAACAAGCUGAAAUAACCGUCGUUGUUUGCGAAGACGACCAAAAAUGCAACCUUCUCCUUGACCGUUCUCCGCGAUGUCUCCGCAAACUCAUCGUUUACAAAGAUGUCAGACCCGCGACGAAACAAAGAGCGAAGAACCGUGGAGUAGAAAUAAUCAAAUUCCACGAUGUUGAAGUUUUAGGUUCGAAAUCGAACCAUCCGGAAGUUCCUCCUAAACCCUCAGAUCUCUGCACAAUUUGUUACACGAGUGGCACCACCGGCAAUCCUAAAGGAGUUAUGCUAACUCAUGAAAAUGUUGUAGCCUCUAUGAGUGCUGUUUUGAUGCAAAUGGGUGAUCAUAAAGUGAAGAGUAGCGAUGUCCUUAUCUCGUUUUUGCCUUUAGCACAUAUGUUGGAGCGCUGUUGCGAGAACGCCAUGUAUAUGAUGGGUGCCUCAGUAGGGUUCUUUCUUGGGGACAUAAGGCGAUUAUCGGACGACAUGAAAGCCUUGAAGCCUACCGUGUCUCCAGCAGUUCCUCGACUCCUUAACAGGAUUUACGAUAAAGUCCAAGCCGAGAUCAACGGUAGUUGCAUUAAAAAAAUGUUAUUCAAUAUGGGGAUGAGUGCCAAAGAGAGUGAAAUCAAAAGGGGGAUCCUCAGGAAUAACAGCUUUUGGGAUAUGUUGGUGUUUAGGAAAGUCCAAGAAGGAAUGGGGGGCCGACUUAGACUGAUGUUAGUCGGGUCGGCGCCCCUUGCUGAAAACGUUCUUACUUUUAUGCGAUGUGCUUUAGGGUGUUUGGUGAUUGAAGGUUACGGCCAAACUGAAUGUACCGCACCUAUCACUUUGACCAUUCAAGGGGAUCACGUGCCGGGUCAUGUUGGUCCCCCUGUUGCUUGUUGCUGUGUUAAAUUAAUCGACGUGCCUGAAAUGGAAUAUUGGGCGAAGAACAGUCAAGGGGAAGUUUGUGUUAAAGGUACCAACGUUUUUCAAGGUUACUAUAAAGAUCCUGAAAAGACUGAAGAGACAAUAGAUGAGUUGGGAUGGCACCACACUGGAGAUGUCGGGAUGUGGAUGCCGAAUGGUACUCUCAAAAUCAUCGAUCGGCGAAAACACAUUUUCAAAUUGUCUCAGGGCGAGUAUAUUGUUCCUGAAAAAAUCGAAAACAUCUAUAUUCGAUCACAAUACGUUAGCCAAGUCUAUGUCCAUGGCGAGUCCUUGAAGUCUUGUAUUAUCGCAAUUGUGGUUCCUGACGUCGACGUAAUCAAAUGCUGGGCGACUGAAAAUGGUAUUCCUGGUACUUUUAGUGUCCUUUGUAACAAUCCUGACGUCAAACAACUGAUUAUGGAUGACAUGAUUGCUUGGGGUAAAGAAGCGGGUCUUAAAUCAUUCGAACAAGUCAAAGACAUAUAUUUACAUCCCGAUCCGUUUAGUGUCCAAAACGGUUUAUUGACACCAACACUAAAAUCGAAACGUCCGCAAUUGAAAGAAUAUUUCAAACCGCAGAUUGAAGAUAUGUACAGCAAAUUGGUUUAAAACGAAACAAGUAUUAGGAAUUUUCUUAGAUCUAGGAUGCACCAAAGCAAAAAUUUCUUAAAGACUUGUUUAUAGCAAUAUCUAUCGAGUCAAUCGAGAACGCAAUAAAUACCUUGGAAGGUUGCCAAAAUAAUUAUUUUGAUAUUUCGUUCAAUUUCAUCUACAAAUAUGCAUUAUCUUGCCUUUUAGAUAUAGGUUUAACACCGUCAAUCUGACUCUUAGGUUAGAAUAUUGUUUAUCUGACAACAAUUUUAUUUAUUGUUCGUUGUUAUAUCCUAAACAAUCCUUUAAUAAAGUUAUUUAAAAGAUCAAA